CUUUCCCGCGAGACUACAUUUCCCAGAAUGCCCGGCGGCCAGGAAGGCACGUGGAGUGGUUGUCCUAGGACCCGGCUGGAGGAAGAUGGCGGGCUCGCGGUGAGCAGACGUCAAGGGAUGAAAAUAGGUAUGCCUAGAAGCAAAUUUUAAAAGCAUUUUCUCUUCAAAUCUUUUUCCAUACCACCUGAUAAAGCAUCUUGAUUCACCAUGGCCGUAUCAGCAGUGAAAUGGGCGAUAUCAAACAGAACUAUUUUGAAACAUUUAUUUCCAAUCCAAAAUGGAGCUUUAUACUGUGUUUGUCAUAAAUCCACAUACUCUUCUCUUCCAGAUGACUAUAAUUGCAAAGUAGAACUUGCUUUGACAUCUGAUGGCAGGACGAUAGUUUGCUACCAUCCUUCUGUGGAUAUUCCGUAUGAACACACCAAGCCUAUCCCUCGGCCAGAUCCUUUGCAUAAUUAUGAAGAAACACAGGAUCAAAUACUGAAAACCAGAUUAGAAGUAAAAGAUGAACACUUGGAGCAAGGACCCAUGAUAGAACAACUUAGCAAAAUGUUCUUUACUACUAAGCACCGUUGGUAUCCUUAUGGACAGUAUCAUACACGUCGUAGGAAACUGAAUCCUCCAAAAGACAGAUGAUAUUGAGGUUUUCAGUAAAAUGCUGUCCUUUUCUCAUUUGCCAUUUGAGAAAAUGCAAUCAGAUAUAUUCACUACUAUGUUAUAUAGUAAAAUGAUAAUAAAAUGUCUUUUCAUCCAUUA